UUGAACUGGGGACGGUUCUGUAACAGUUCUUACACACAUAGAGUGGUCCAUCCAAGUCUAGUGGCCAGGCCAGAGGGGGAAAAGAAAUCUCCUUUUCUAGCGAAAAGCUGCGAUCCGAACAUUCUCACAGAAGAAACUUGGACAGCAGCCCCGCCCACUGUAUUCUUCAUCCAAGUUACAUUAUAACUUCAGGGGGUCACACCCCCAUAUACAUACACACACAGUCACUUUAAAACUAAAGGGUUGUUGCUGUGUGUUGGUUGGCUGAUGGGCGGAUCCUGACCGAAGCUGUGGUCGGAGUUCGGGGCUGAGUUGGAGAUUUGUGAACAGCGGGAGAGGAGCUGACACUGGAAUUUUAACCUGGAGCAGGAUUUAUCCCCGUUUCUGGCUUCACUUGCCUGUGAGGCUUGGAUGAAUAAAAACACAUCGACUGAAAUGUUUUCGUAUCGAAGAUUUUUUCGGAUCGUUUAAUUCUUCACCCCCCACCGUCUCUGAGUUUGAGACUGAGUUUCCCUGCGCAGUGUAAACUCUUCUCCUCCCGAUGGCGGAGCUGAUCGAGCUGCGAGACCUGAGAGAGGACACGCUGAUUCCCGGCAGCAGCCGCUCGGUGUACCGCUCGUCCGGCCUGGAGAGGACCAACGCCAUGAGGAUCAGUCCCAGGAGCCGGGCUUCCAGCGUCCAGAGCCCGGAUAAGACGGCCAGGCAAGAGCGUAGGAGCAGGCAGCAACUGCCGGUGAUGGACCAGGAGCUGAGACAGACCGAGAAACUGGGGGAAGGACACGACUUCAAUCCUUGCACCCAGACUCAGCCCAGCUGGUGUGACCUGUGCGGCGACUUCAUCUGGGGACUUUACAAACAGAGCCUACAGUGCGCGAAUUGUAGAUUCCGUUGUCACUACCGCUGCCGACCCCUGAUUCAGUUGGACUGUAACCGGCCAAAGAGUAAGAGAUUGGACGUCACAGAAAACACACUGGAACAAGACACAAAUGUGAUGACGUGGACCAGCACUAGCAGCAGUGGUUACUGCAGUCAGGAAGAAGAUUCAGAGUUUGAACAGUUCUUCACUGCCAGGACCUCCUUCAUCAAGAAACCGAGGAAGUACAAGGAUGAGUGCGUUGAUUGGAAAAAGCAAGUUCUUUCACGAGAUGAAAUUGAACCCAAGAUUCGAGAGUACAACUCUCAGAUCAAUAAUGAUCUCUUGAUGACGCUGAACAGUGACGGAACGUACACCGGGUUCAUUAAGGUUCAGCUGAAGUUGGUGAGACCUAUCUCCGUGUCUGCAAACAUGAAGCCUCAAUCAAUCUACGAUGCCAAGAAAGCAAUGGGACCGCCCCGCGCGCAGCCAAUAAAACGGCGCACAUCCUUCUACCUCCCGAAAGACACAGUGAAGCAUUUGCACAUCAGCAGUCACACGAAGGCCAGUGAGGUGAUCAAAGCGCUGCUCAACAAAUUCAUGGUGGUGGACAAUCCCCGCAAGUUUGCCUUGUUUGAACGGGUUGAGAAAGAUGACCAAGUUUACACGCGUAAGAUUUCCGAUGAUGAGCACCCCUUAUACCUGCGACUGUUGGCUGGACCUGAUGACAAAAUGCUAAGCCUUGUCCUCAAAGAGAAUGAGACAGGAGAAGUGAAUUGGGAUGCCUUCACUGUGCCUGAGCUGCAGAACUUCUUGAGAAUCCUUCAGCGUGAGGAGGAGGAGCAUGUCAGACAGAUGUUUGGGAAGUAUGCCCGCUGCAGGCAAAAAAUGCAAGAGGAACUUGCCAACAGGUCCCCGGGUUGACCGGGAUCCCGCGCCACCCUGUGACGCGAGAGAGAAAGGGUGGGACAUAAAAUACACGCGCACGCGCACAUGUAUGAACGGUGAGAAGGUCUUAAAACCAAUGUUACCUGGCCAGCCAGCGACAGAGUGUGAACUGUGGAGAAUACAAGUUAUGAGUGGGGUUACUACGAAUGGAAUGGGUUAUUAAGGGGGAAGGUAUACAGCCUCUUCCUGACAUUAUUGAGUGCGACUGAGAAACCGUUACUGAACAGAACUAUUAAAUGCGGGAAAGUGUUGACCUGCAGGGCCAAAUCCCUCUGUCACAGUGACUGACAUUUUGCCGGGACGCACCAACCUGGACGAGAGGACAGAGAGCUGAUUGUUUUGUUUUCAUUUUGUUCUUUUCUUGAAGUAGGCGGCUGGUUCA